UUGCGGUGUCGCGCGUGCAUAGUUCGACUAUCAGUCGAUCCGAUCGAUAACCAUAAUAAGAUACAAAUAUGAAAACAAAAGAAAACGGGGACGCGUUAUGCAAAUAUCUUUAAAUUACUCUGACGACGGGGCGGUGUUUCCUCCCUUUCUCUCAGCUGCGUGUCUCGGUGGUCUUCCAAACCGACGGGCCUGAGCGACGGAGGGAGGAGAAAGAUCGGUGGGUUAUUCAUCUCCAUUUGAACUGAGCAAUCCCUCAUCACAGUCACCAUGAAUGAGAAGGCUAAUGUUUCUAAGGAGCUAAACGCCAAGCACAGAAAGAUCUUAGAAGGUCUUCUCAAGUUGCCUGAGAACAGAGAAUGUGCAGAUUGCAAAGUAAAAGGCCCACGAUGGGCUAGCGUGAAUUUAGGAAUCUUUAUAUGCAUGCAAUGCUCAGGGAUCCACAGAAGUCUUGGAGUACAUAUAUCAAAGGUUAGAUCAGCCACACUUGAUACAUGGCUUCCAGAACAAGUUGCAUUUAUUCACUCAAUGGGAAACGAGAAGGCAAAUUGUUACUGGGAAGCAGAACUACCUCCAAAUUAUGAUAGAGUUGGAAUUGAGAAUUUCAUUCGUGCAAAAUAUGAAGAGAAAAGAUGGGUUCCGAAGGAUGGGAAACAAGCAUCACCGUGGGUACAAUCUAGUGAUAGAAGUGGGUAUGGACAUGCAAACAGCUCUGGUAAUUUAUCCAAUGAAAAGAAAAAUGUCCAGACACCAAGCAUGAAGCAUAAAACUCCAAAUGCUAGAGUUAGUAUACCAGUGCCACCUAAAGGACAAGACAAUGCAGCUCCUCAAUUGACACCUCAAGAAAAUCAGAAAGCAGAGCUAGUGGCAGCAGCUGAACCUGCAAAACAGAUUGCAGAACCUGCCAUUACCCCUAAAGUUGAUUUCGCCACUGAUCUAUUCAACAUGCUUUCAAUGGAUGACCCAGUCGAAAAUGGCUCAGAGGCAGUUGCUUCAGAUGAUAAUAUGUGGGCAGGUUUUCAGUCUGCUGGAGCAUUGAAAACUUCCGAAGAAACAGGGACAACAACAUCUGAAGAAAUCAAGCCGCCAUUGCCGUCCGGUGUUGAAGAUUUAUUUAAGGAUUCACCACCAACUGCACCUGUCACCUUGUCAGAGAAGCCUAAAAAAGAUGUUAAGAAUGACAUUAUGAGCCUUUUUGACAAGUCCAAUAUGGUAUCGCCGUUUGCAAUGCAUCAACAGCAGCUUGUUAUGUUGGCACAACAACAGUCUCUUUUAAUGGCGGCGGCUACAAAUCCAGCUGAGGGUGCACUAAAAGCACAAGUGCCAACUGGCACCAACAACUUAUCAGACCAUGGCUGGCAGAAUCUUGGCUAUCACCAGUUUCCAGGGGUAAUGGGCCCCACAGCUGUAAGGAAUGAACUAGGGAAGUAUUUGCAGGUGGGCACUACGGUUACUCCAGAUUUAGCUGGGAACUCGGUUCCAUUUUCAACUACCAGUGUCUACAGCGCAGGACAAUCUUCUUCCACCAAUGGUGUAGUCACACAUGGAACAACCAAGGCGGCGGAGGCCCCAGUUUCUUCCAUUGCUACACUGGCGGCUAAAGAUUAUGACUUUUCCUCUUUGACGCAAGGAAUGCUUUCCAAACGCUGAAAACAACCCUCCAGGUGGGAAAUGUAUGAUCCUACACUUUUAGUCAUAAUAUAUCAUUAAAUUUGCAAUGGUCAUUCAUAGAAAACAUUACAUCUCAGACCAUAAAACUAUUUUGUAGCAUGCUGGAUAUUUUCUCUCUUAAUUUUCAGCUAUGUUUCCACUUUACUAUAAAAAGAAUGUGCAAUUUUUACAUUUUGAACAAACACGUAUAUCAUUUAGAGUACAUUGCCAUAGGAACGUGAAAAGAAAGCUGUCUGUAUUGGAACAUUGAAAGAUGGAGUCAUGGAGAACACUAUUAUAGGCAGCAACUUGAUAGUCUCAAUGCUGAAAUCUGCAGAUGAAAUUGAUUGUAGAGUUCACUUGCUUUGAUUUUAUUAAAAGGAUAAAUCGGUCUUUGCGUUUUUGUGUCUAUACCCGUAUUUGAUUUCACAUCUCAUGUUUUUAUUUUCUUUAGAGUGUGUACCCCCCAGAGCGCCUCAGAUGAAGGCCAAUCCUAUUAGAGUUUGCACUCUCAAGUGUUUACAUUGCAUGUUUAUCAAGCAUGUGUGCAAAAUAUGAAUGAAUUAAGCAUAAUUGAUAUACAUUUCAUGAUGUACUCUAAUAUUUAGUUUUUAGAAAAAGGUCAAAUAAGUCCUAUUGUGAAAUAAUUGUUUACCCAUAUACUACAAAACCAUCACAUGGGUGCAUUUACUAUUGGAGAAUAAUCAAGCAAGUCUGUCUGUUAAUGAGAAAACAAUAUACUACACGUUAGUGGCA